AUGUCUCAGCCCAACGCUCACAAAACGAAGAAGCGGAAGCACCGCGACGCCCCCGCUGCUGCCGACGCGGGCGCUGCACCGUCCCCACCCGCGAAGCGGCCGAAGAAAGACAAGAGGGCGAAGGAGCCCGCGAAGCCGCAGCCGAAGCCGAAGCAGGACAAGGGCAAGGGCCGCGCCACGGACGACACGUUCCGCGUCGUGCGCACCGCGCUCACCGUCGCCGUCCCGCCCGCGUUCAAACACCUGCGCGACGGGGUGGAGGAGAUGCUCGACUCGAUGCUCAUGAGGUACAUCCCGUCGCUGCAGGGCGUGGUGCUCGCGCACAACCGGCUGGAGUUUCUGGACAGGACGGCGACGAUCAAGGCGGAGUGUCCGUUUGCGAACUGCCGGGUUGCGUUCGACGCUACGGUGUGGAGUCCGCAGGUCGGCAUGAAGUUGUCUGGUAGAAUCAAUCUAUGCUCCCCCGACCAUGUCUCCCUGCUCGUGCACCGGACGUUCAACGUCUCGAUACCGCGACAUCACAUACGGACGGACCAGUACGAAUUCGAGUACGGUCCGGCGGAGAACGAUCCCGAGCACGGUGUCGUACAACAAGAGGGCGAGGCGGGUGCCGAGGAGCAGGUGGACAGCGGCGGGCGGUGGGUGCACCACCUCACCGGGGAGAAGCUCGGAGGGGAGAAAGGCGUCCUCGAGUUCACGGUCGUAGGGAUGACGAUCGCGAACCAGAUGGUCUCGCUCGUUGGCUCGAUACAGCCCGACCCGUUCUCACCCGACCAUGUCCCCCGCCCGACGACAUCGACGGCGACCACGGUCGCGAAACGCAUAGAGGGCGCUGGGCGGACGGAGUCGACGGGCAUCAGCGAGCGCGAGGUCGACGCGCUGAUUGAAGACGACGACAGCGAUGAGGAGGAUAUGUUCCAGAAACUUGGUAGGCGGGCGGACGAGGCACAGCGAUUGGCAUUGGCGAAGGAGGAGCAGGGGGCGAAGGAGAAGAAGCGAAAACGAAAGGAGGGGAAGGUGAAGGGCAAGGCAGACGAGCCGACGAAAGAGAGAGGUAAGAAGAAAAGGAAGAGCAUGGUAUCUGCAUAG